AUGUCGACAAACUUCCGAGACCGCGCCAUCGCCGAGGUGCAAAAGGCUAUUGCGGCCGACCACAACAAGGAAUACCAAAAGGCCUUUGACCUGUACAUGUCCUCGAUGGAGCUGUGGGUCAAGGCGCUCAAGUGGGAAAAGAACAAGGCCCUCAAGGCCACCAUGCAAGAAAAGAUGGCGACGUACCUCGACCGCGCCGAGAAGCUCAAGCAGUUCCUGCAGGCCGAGGCUGACAACACCAACGGCGGCAAGGGCCUCAUGGGCGCCAACGGUGCCAGCGCUGGCGGCAAGGCCAAGGGCUCGAAUGACGACGACGACAACAAAAAGCUGAGAAACGCACUCUCGGGCGCGAUUCUGCAAGAGAGGCCGAACGUGCGGUGGGAGGAUAUUGCUGGUCUCGAAGCAGCCAAGGAGACGCUCAAGGAGGCUGUCGUCCUCCCCAUCAAAUUUCCAAGCCUCUUCCAGGGCAAGCGACAAGCGUGGAAAGGCAUCCUGCUCUACGGUCCUCCCGGUACCGGCAAGAGUUAUCUUGCCAAGGCUGUCGCGACAGAGGCAAACAGUACCUUUUUCAGUAUAAGCAGUUCGGAUCUGGUCAGCAAAUGGAUGGGUGAAAGCGAAAGACUCGUCAAGUUGCUGUUUUCCAUGGCGAGAGAGAACAAACCCUCCGUCAUCUUCAUUGACGAAAUCGACGCCCUGUGCGGCCCGCGCGGCGAGGGCGAGUCGGAAGCCUCGCGGCGCAUCAAGACGGAGAUCCUGGUCCAGAUGGACGGCGUCGGCAACGACAGCAAGGGCAUCCUCGUCCUCGGCGCCACCAACAUCCCCUGGCAGCUCGACGCCGCCAUCCGUCGACGCUUCCAGCGGCGCGUGCACAUUGGCCUGCCCGACCUCAACGGCCGCGCGCGCAUGUUCCGCCUCGCCAUUGGCGACACGGACACGGCGCUGCAGUCCAGCGACUACAACACGCUCGCCGCCAAGUCGGACGGCUUCUCCGGCAGCGACAUCGCCAACGUGGUCCAGCACGCCCUGAUGCGUCCCGUCCGAAAGAUUCUGCAAGCAACGCAUUUCAAAGCCGUCAUGAAAGACGGCAAUCGCAUGCUGACGCCAUGCUCACCAGGCGAUCCCGAGCAGAUUGAGAUGACGUACGACGACGUCAAGUCGGACGAGCUGCUCGCCCCCGACGUGGCUAUACAAGACUUUGAGGUCGCCCUCGAGGACUCGCACCCGACCGUGUCCAAGGACGACGUUGAGAAGCAAGUCGACUGGACAAACGAGUUUGGCAGUGAGGGUGCCUAA